CGCUGCCAACCUGGACUUCGGGAUGGGCGUGGCGGACCUGUACAACGGCCAGCUGACGGGCUUGUCCACUCUCCACCGCGACGGCACCUGCACCCUUGACCGAGUGGCGGACUGGCUCUUCCUCUACGCGAACGUGGCGGUGGAGAACCUCGGGGUGCACUACACCGGCCGCGUGUCUCGAGUGGCAUGGUCUCGGUGGUCGUGGAAGUGGACGCGACCGUCAGCAGUGUGGCCCUGUACUUCGUGGCUCGCGCAGACGUGUACAGCCUCCAAGCGGACAUGGAUCAGUUCAUCAUCUCAGAGUUCGGGAAAAUCGACGUCCGAAUCGAUGGCCUCGGCCCACUCGACUACCUCGUGUCUCCGCUCGCCGAAGCCGUCGCCAACCUCGUUCGCGACGACGUAUCCGAACUCCUGGAGACGAAGGUCAAGCAGGCGAUCCAAGACGCUCUGAACGAAACGCCUUGGUCGAUGUUCGAAUGAGUGAUUAAAGGAGAAUCAUUAAUCGAACGGAAA